UGUCCUGGGAUUUGUAUGGCUCAGCUCAGAAAGAUGAAGAGCUGUGAGAUCUGAGCUCCUGGACUGCCAUAGUAAUAUGAAGCCUCGCAGCAUCCUCCAUACUCCUCCCUGCAAGCUGGACGGGUAGGAGGACCACAGCCGACGCCGCUGCUGCCUCUGCGAGCACCAUGGCCACAGACAUAACCCCGGAGGCCAUUGGAUUUCUGUCAGCAGUGGGCGUCUUCAUUGUGCUCCUGGCAAUUCUCUUCCUCUUCAUAAAUAAAAAGCUGUGUUUCGAAAAUAUCGGUGACCUCCCAUGUCUGGACAAACGUGGGCGAAGAAAGCGCCCAAAAGAGAGAUCUGGGGUUCUACAAGGACUUGUGAACAGUUAUGGGGAUGAUGACGAACUAACCACAUCUUCAGACAGUGAUGAAGAGGUGUAUAAGCAAUUUAAAAUUUCAGUGUCCCGUUCCCAGAGCUUUCGCUCCACCGUAUCUGAAAAGGCAACACAGGCCGGCUCUGAGAGCAAGCAAAAGUUCAACCGCUUGCUAUCAAACCAUGAGGAGCUGAGCACAGAGGCUUCCGAAUGUGAAGAUUUGGAUGUUAUUAGUUACCAGUCAUAUAAUGAUGAUGAUAUAAUGGUUCACUCUGGUGCGGCAUCAGAGGCUGGGGAAUUGCAGGAUGCAGCUAGACAGGAGGCUGGGUCCAUCUCUAGCAAGAACCGAAUUACUGUAGAGGGUCAAGAAAUGGAGACUGGCUUUAGCAACAAUGGCUUUGAAGACCAGAAUGGUACAGACAGCUCACCUACAUUGAGCCCAGAGGAACAAGGGGAAGGUGACCUUGAACCUCAUGCAGGCCACGUGCCAAUUUCCAAAUGUUGUGACCUGGACAUUAUCCUCGAUUACAAAGCUUCCAGCCAAAAGCUGACUAUAACAGUUGUGGAAGCCAAAGAUAUUCCUGAUAAGGAUCGUAGUGGAGUAAACACGUGGCAAGUCCAUAUUGUCCUACUGCCAAACAAGAAGCAAAGAGGAAAGACCACUAUGCAAAAAGGCUCUCAGCCUGUCUUCAAUGAAACCUUCACAUUCAACAAGCUUGAAACAGAGGAGCUGGCCAACAAUGCCAUUCGUUUUCGAUUGUAUGCUGUACACAAGAUGAUCCGUGAAAGGAUGAUGGGUGAAAAGCUCCUUUCACUAAAGAAUAUCAGAUCUGAUGUGGAAAUCAGAAGGACAUUGGUCUUAGAGCCGAGGAGCAACUUAAGUAGUGGCGAUUCCCAGAUGAGUUUUUCUGCAGUCUCACCUACUGAUAGUGCUUUGUCCUCACAAUCUCUAUCACAUGGCGGGGUGCCGGAGCUUCUGGUCGGCCUGUCAUAUAAUGCUACCACAGGACGUCUUUCUGUGCAAAUGAUCAAAGGAAGCCAUUUUCGCAACCUUGCCAUCAAUAGGCCACCUGAUACUUAUGGAAAGCUUUGCCUUUUAAAUUCUUCGGGACAGGAACUGUCAUGCUGUAAGACGUCAGUACGUAGAGGCCAACCAAACCCAGUCUACAAAGAGACAUUUAUUUUCCAAGUUGCCCUGUUUCAGCUCACUGACGUCACGCUGAUGAUUUCAAUAUACAACCGCCGUGCCAUGAAAAGGAAGGAGAUGAUUGGGUGGAUUUCACUGGGUCAGAACAGCAGCGGAGAAGAGGAGCAAAUUCAUUGGCUGGAAAUGAAAGAGUCAAAAGGCCAAGAAGUCUGUCGGUGGCACACACUGCUGGAAGCUUAAAGAACACUCCUCUCUCUAGAAUGUGCCGUAUAAAAGUAGAGAAGUUUAACUUGUGCUGAAAAAUUGCCUUGAUUAUCUACGUUGUACUUACCAUGUCACCCUGUCAAACGGAGGCAUAUAUUUUUACUGCACUAUAAUUUCUAGCAUAAAGUUGUCAUAAUGGUUUUACACUGUGUCAGAUUCCACUACAGAUAUUACAGGAGCUGAACAGCACAACAUUUUAACCUCAGUUAUAUGUCAACUGCAGUAGGAGUACCUGCCCAAAUAACAAAAAAAGAACUAUGCUAAGCACAAUUUGCAUCUAAACUGAUCACAUCUUACAAACUGAAUGCAGUUUAAAAAGACAACAACCUUACC